CAACACAUGCCCAGUAACAAGAGGUCUGCUCCUAAAAAGUGCUUCUAUAGGCAGGUUUUGUGGAGCACACGUUACGAUACAUAUUUCAGUACUGAAGAUGUUGUACUGAUAGAUUCACAGUUGACAAAGCAGGCCCAUAGCUAACAAGCACAAAUCUACCCCACACAAUGUUCCUUUCAUACAAUCAAGCUGAAUCUUUGCUCCUGCCUUGUAGCAGCAUGAGCCCAAAUCCCAUACAAAUUGCUACAUUUCUUGAACAUGGACAGAGAAAGCCUGUGUUUGUGCAAAGACUGAUUACGUGAUGGCUCAAAACUUCUACCAGGGCAUGUGAAAAUGUGCACUCAGUGAUGCAUUUGUUCUAAUGUGUAGUUAAACUGUUUAUUCAGAUUCCAUUUUUGUGUGCAUUUGUUCUAUAGCAGGAGUGAAGUUUUUCUCCCUUCCCUUUUGGGUCUUUUGAGCUCUUGAUCUAUCCAUAUUACUAGUGCCUGGGACAGAGGAGAAAAGGUUCAAAUUCUGUGCAAGCCCCACUCAGAGAAGAGGAUUCCAUAGACCUUCAUUGAAAUAACACAGUUCUUUGCCUCAUGAGCUCCCCCCUCUUUCCUUCUGAAUCAAUUGUAGCUUUGUCUGAUCCCUAAAGUUCUAAACAGAAACUCCAACUCUGUGAGGAGGAGGCUUUAGAUACCAUAAUCCCCACUGAAAGCAAGUCCAACUCUUGCACCUUCUAAGUAAAGUACUGGCAUUCCCUUCCUUCUCCCACCUAGAAGCCCAAAUCCCACACUAAGCCAUCAGAUUUCUAGUAAAGUCCUUCCCCCAAACUUCCCUUGUUCCACUGUGAUUUACUUCACAGUUCCCUUUGUCAGUGAGACUUUUUAGAAAGAGUUUGCCACCACGGAAGAUCCCUAACUCCUAAUCUGAUGGAUGUCUUCUGGGGAGGUUGUGAACAGACUACUCCGCUCCCAAGACAGUGUGGAGAGGAACUGGGAGCACAAUACACUGACCACACUAGCAAAAGAAAGUGUACCCAAGGCUUUGUCAUACGUUGGUCAGCUAGUAACUAGACAGUGGCUGUACAUAGGAUUUUUAGCUCUAAAACUUUUUGCAAGCAGGAGUGUAGUGUUUUUACGUAGAAACUAUUUGAACUCUGUCUUCAAGUAGUAUGUACUACUGCAGGAGAGCUGAGGAAAUAGAAUAUACAUAUAUUUAAAAGGAGAUGGUUGUGAUUUUUAGCUUGUCAACUUCAACAGUGUCUCUUCAGACUUCAAGUAGCAAAGAUUUAGCAACAAGAAAAUCAAUAUUUCAUAAGAUAGUUGAUGUCACCUGAAGGAGUUGGUUCUACUAGGGUGUUCUUUACUUCACUUACAUUUACUGUUAUUGUGGGCAAGCUACAGCGUAAGAAUAAGUUACCGUAUCCUAGGCAAAAUUCCAGGUUGUGUAGUUGGUGCCACAAAUAAGUUAUUAGCUCAAAACAAAACUCUUGCCAAAAUGAUUACUGUUUAACUGUAUAGCUGCAAACAAAGUUAAUCAACAUUUUGAUCAACAGUGGAGAUUUGGGGAGCAGCUUAAAAAAUAUCCUGCUCUUUCACUUGUGCCCCUCAAAGCAUUACACUUCUGAAGCACACUUUGAAUGAGAUAAAGGUAGUUAGCAUUGCAGCAUCGUGGGAGUCAGUAAUAUAAACCUUGUUUAUAUGUCCUACCCUGCCACUGACUGGCUUUGUAACCCCAGGGAAGUUCCUUAACUUGUGUUCCAGUUUCUCAACCUUUACAAUUAGGAUAAUCUUACCUAGUUCUACAAAAGCUGUGCCCACCCACCGGUUCCCAACUCAGAAAGAUUUCCCUAGCUGAGAGAUGCUGACCUUUAGUUCUGACUCACUUGCAAUAGUGGUAGGUUGUCCCAUUGUACGCUAGUUUGGAUGGAUGGUGCUAUGCUGUAGUUUGGUACAACUAUGCUGCUCUCCAUUUGGCCUGUCCUACGCUGGGACAUACCAGUGCCGUUCCCUUCUGUUCAGGAUUGCUGCAGCCCAAUUCUGCUGUGUCACUGCCACAUGUGGGGUAAAGGGUCUGUUAUAGUGGGAAUGCAAGAGAUGGUUCCAUGGCCACGUCACUAGACGGUGUAUGGGCAGCUGCAAGUCUAGUGGAAGUGAGCCCACACUGAGAUUUGAAGCUGUGCCAUAGGUCCUUCCCCUUUAGGGGAGGGGCACACAAGGCAACAGUAGCCUGAGUCAAGCUCUGGCUGGGAGCCCAAGGUGUAGCUUGUUGUGCAGUUCCUAUGGAGAUGGGGAGUACUGACCCUCAUCCAACGCAGCAGUAAUUCCAGCUUCCACGACAGCUCUCCAGCGGCUUGCUCAGAAGGAAAAGCAAGACGUAUCCUCUCCUAGAGGUGGCUCUAACAAAGCUGGUGUAACCAAGUAUUACUGAUGCAAUGAUGACCACAGCUUACGUAACACCUAGUCCCCACACUGUUAAACAAUGGCAACUAGAGUGUUUAGGACUCCUUGCAGAAAACACAGUGAAGUCCAUCAGAGUGUCUUCCAGUAAAAUCCAGACUACUGGGAGCUUGAACACAAGGUUCAGCACUUGGACACCUAUCGCAAACAAAUCAUUCAAUAAGCAGCUCUUUGAGGAAAGAGUUAGUCUCAUAAGCCAUUGGUUUAAUCUGUGGACAGACAAGCAGCGCAAACAAUUCCUCCACAGAAUGUUGAUGAGAUGCAGUAAAUCACAACUGAAGUUUACCCAAAACUGGCUUGCAGAGAAGAUUCCAGUGACCAAAGUGGAUUUCACCAGAGUGCUGCCACGUUUCAUAUCUCUGUACAUCUUCUCCUUUCUCAGCCCCAGGGAGCUGUGUGCAGCUGCCCAAGUCAACUGGCACUGGAAGUUUAUAACUGAACAGGACUGUUUGUGGGUGCCAAAAUGUGUUAAGUUUGGAUGGUUCCUGCCCUACACUCCAGCAGACAACGAAUACAGUGCUUGGAAACGACAUUAUAUUGCCUGUGCCUCCAGCUUAGAUUACUUCACCCCAAGAGAAGCCACUGAAAUCUAUGGGACCCUCAAUGAACCAAAAGCUGAAAAUGAGGAGCAGGAAGAAAGGCUAAGAGAAAAAUGGCUACGAAAAAUUAUUCGGGAGAGAUUAGCAUUACACAAGAAGGAAUUAUUCAAAGCUCGACUGCCUUGGAUGAGUGGGACUUGGAGCUCGAGAUUCUUCAAAUCACGAUUACAGCCAAGUCAGGCCCAGACGAUCCAGGACCGGGCUAGACUACAGGCAGCUUUGCAACUAAUUAGGGAAAAGAGUGCUCUUUCGAAUCAUACUCUUUCAAUGCUGCUUUCUGAAGAAAUGAAACUAGCAGCAGAAAAACAGCUUGUUUUGGCCUCCUUAAAAACUUUGCCCAAAAGAAAGAAUGUGACUGGAAGCAGAUCCGACCCUGUGUUACCUUACAAACACUGUCAGCGUGUCUACCAAAAACACAGCAGUUUUGCAUAUCCACUUGAGCCAUACCUGGUUUUGAUAUCAUCCAGGAUUCCUGCAUAUGAGAUGGUGCUGGACAGCAUCAAACCUGGGGUGAUUCCGGUGUUGUAUGAACAUUGCGGACUGACAUUGGAAAGCCUCCUUUUUUACAUAGAAAAGGCUCUGGAUGGCCGAAAAGCAAAGAGUAUAGGGAUUUUUAGCGAUGGAAACUCCAGAGAGAUCAAUUUACUUCAAGGCUGCAGAAUCAGUAUUGAGAACAUUCUGAGUCCUGAAGUGAGAGAAUUUUGGGAGAAGCUAGGUUGUGUAAUGUCUCCAGAGGAAGGUGGUUAUGUGGACAUCUUUGUUCCUCUGGCAGCAUCAGAGGCAGGGAUGGAAGUCCUUUCCCAGCUGACUCAGCUAACUGGUGUGCUCUUCAGAACCCCCACAGGAAUUGCAACUGGAUCUUAUCAGCACAUCCUUAGUGAAUGGCUGGGAAAACAGAAGGAUGGACCUCCCACCUCCACCUACUUCACUGAAGUAAAACUACAGACAUGGCUCAGAAUGACAGAGCUCCUGGAGGAGGCACUGAAAUCUGUCCGGAAGCAGAUGCGACCAUAUUUAAGUGAGCUGCAGAAGAGUAUUAGUGACAGGAUUAUUGGUCAGGUUAUGUUUGAUGCCGUGAGCAGAACUAAAGUACAUACUAGUCAAGAAACAGCCCUGACUUUCACUGACGGAUUAGCUGACCUGUCAAAAAGAAGCUUUGAGGAGGAUGCAAAAGAGGCUGCCACCCUGAGCCAAAAGCCUAACUGCAGCAUCAGAGCAAAUGAGCCAACAUUUGAGGCAGUGGCUCAGUUGGAUAAAAAACUUCAGAAGGAUACCGCAGACAGACGAACUAGGAUUGCCAGGGAACUCCUGACAAGUGAGAAGAACUAUGUACACAUGCUGGAAACUGUGAGGGAUGUUUAUGUUACACCACUGAAAGCAGCAUUAGCAUCAAAUCGAGCCAUCCUAAGUCAUGCUAAUGUUCAAAUCAUCUUCUCUGAUAUCUUGGACGCCUUACAACUCAAUCGGCAGUUUUUAAAUGAGCUGACAGAAAGACUUCAGGAAUGGAGUCCAUCCCAGUGCUUGGGUGAAAUAUUCACUCAAUUUGGCUGGCAGCUUCAAACAUACACAAACUUCUUCAACAACUACACUGUCAUUCUGAAAACCAUUGAUAUGUGCAGAGAGACCAUUCCUUUAUUCCGUGCCUUCCUGAAAAGACAUGAUAAGACUGUCGUUACUAACAUGAUGAGCCUACAGGAGCUGCUGCUCUGCCCUUCUAAAAGGUUUGAAGAGUAUCUUAAUCUUCUUUAUGCUCUGAGACUGCACACUCCUUCAGAACACGCUGACCGUGAAGAUUUGACUGCCGCAAUCAAGAUGAUGAAACAAUACAAGGAAUACAUAGAUCAGCUAAAAUUGAACAUGAGCAAAGAUGAGCAAAUGCUAAAUGCACAAAGAAUCAUCCAGGGAUGUCCUAAUUUAUUAGAAGCCAACAGGUACCUGAUUAGAAUACAAGAUGUAACCCAGUUUAGCUGCUGUUCUGAGGAAAUCUGUGUUUCAUUCAGGCUCUAUGAACACAUCAGCGAUCUUAGCCUUUUUCUCUUCAACGAUGCACUUGUUAUUUCAAACCGUAGCAUCUCUUAUGUGCCGUUUGAACGGACUCCGAAAACAACUUACCAGUUCUUGGCAUCAGUAGCUCUUCACAGGCUUGUUGUAGAAGACAUUCCAUGUUCAAAAUAUAUCAAGAAUGCAUUUAUUCUACAAGGCCCAAAACGCCAAUGGAUUUGUUCUAUAGAGGAUGAAGAUGAUAAAUUUACAUGGCUGUCUGCACUGCAAAGUGCAAUCAACUGUAGCAUUGAGAAGAACUGAGAUUCAUCUUAGUGUUUAGGAUGCCCAACUCCUCUAGUAUGCGUUAAUUAUUUGUGAACAGAUAUUCUGUGCAGUUUCCUACUCUGAGGAACUUUUGUUCAAAUUCUGCAUCAUUACCAAGAAGUUAGCAUUCCUUUUGAUAGAAUAUUAUCAUGUGUGUGCCUCAGACUGCAGAAACUUACAGUAGAAUCAAUACUUGUUGUCGACUUGUGAGACUGAUCUUUUUAAAAAAAGAUCACACUAUUACAAUCCAUUUCGCCUUCACAAUUUAAGGCAAAAUCCAUACAAUAUGACUUAAUUGUAUGACAAACUUGAAGAAAGCUAAUUUGUCGAGAAUCUGCUAUGAAAAGGGCUUUAGAUAUUCUCCACUGAUUGCACGAAGGGACACUAGAGUUUGGUUAAGGGUCUCAAGACAUUUUGGCCUUGGCUACACUUCCAAAUGUACAGCGCUGUGAGUUAAACCUGACUUUGUGCAGCUGAGUAGGGAAAGCGCUGCAGUCUGUCCACACUGACAGCUGCCCAACGCACUGUCAU